AUGUAUUUAUGUCGUUCUUUCUUCUUCCUUUUUUUUUUAGGUGAAGCAGCGGCUAGAAUUAAUGCCAUGUUAGCACAAAAGGGAAUCCCCUUAGAUGAAAAAUCUGUUAGCAAAGCUGAUGGUGAAUUCGUAAAAGAUAUUACAAUUAAUGAUCUAAAAAAUAGAUACAUGUUGACGAGAGGAGCUACACAAACACAAAUACAACAAGAAACAGGAGCAGAUGUAAUUACUCGUGGAAAGUAUUAUCCUGAUGUAUCAUUAGCAACAGAUAAAGAACCCCCACUUUAUUUACAUAUUACAGCCUCUACUAAAGAAUCGUUAGAUAAAGCAGUUAAAAAGAUUCAAGAAUUAAUUGAAACAACCCAAGUACCUACACUAGCAACCGGUAUAUUUAACAAAGAUGAAAAGCCUGAUGCACAUAAAAGAAAGUUUUUUGAAAAAAGAUUACCCGUUGAUAUUCAAGGCACACCUCAUUUUAACUUGAGAGCUAAAAUUGUUGGACCAAAUGGUGCAUUUGUUAAACAUAUUCAACAAGAAACAGGGUGUCGAGUUCAAUUGAAGGGAAGAGGUUCUGGUUUCUAUGAAGCCAGUACAGGUGUUGAAUCAGAUGAGCCUUUACAUGUUCAUAUUUCAUGUUUAAGAGAAGAAGGCUUGGAAGCUGGUAUAAAACUAACACAGGAUUUACUUGAUACUGUUAAAGCAGAAGCAGAAAGAGGACCUCCACAAAAUUAUGGUUAUGUAAGAGGAGCAUAUCCUGCACCUGCUCGUGGAGGUUAUAAUGGGUAUAGUAGUCCUUAUAAUGGGUAUAGUCAGCCAUCUACAACAGCAACAUCAACACCUAAUUCAGAUGCAUCGGGUUCUACACCAGGAGGAUAUGAUUAUGAAGCUUAUAAUAACUAUUAUAGCAGUUAUUAUGGACAGGGAUAUCAGCAAUAUGAUCCUAAUAGUUACUAUAAUUAUUAUGGAUAUUCAUCCACAGAUUCUACAGCUACUCCACCUCCUCCACCAGCAGCUUCUACUACUGCUGAUAGUAGUAAUUCUACUACGGCUGCUACAGCUGCAAUUCCACCUCCACCUCCACCUCCAUCUUCUGCUACUACUCCGCCACCACCACCUCCCCCUCCUUCAUCAUCUAAUUAA